AUGCCGAUCGAGGCUCUCCCUCAGGCCACUAUCCGAGCAAUUGGCUCCACCUCAGUCAUCUCAGAUGCCUGCUCAGUGGUCAAGGAGCUUCUAGACAAUGCUCUAGAUGCAUCUGCCACAUCGGUAUCUGUCGAGAUCUCCCUGAAUACUGUGGAUGUGAUUCAGGUCAAGGACAAUGGAUAUGGAAUUUCCGUCGAGGAUCAUCCUUUCGUCUGCAAGCAUGCGUUUACCAGCAAGAUUUCAAGUAUCGAUGAUCUAAAGAAUGUCGGUGGAACUUCUCUGGGGUUUCGUGGUGAAGCGCUCGCCAGUGUUGCGGAGAUGUCAGGCGGCGUCACCGUCACCACUCGCGUCGCCUCGGAUAUCGUCGCGUCAACGCUUGAGUAUGGACGAGAUGGAGAGCUUUCCCGGUAUGUCUCUAUGCCCGACUCGUUGAACUUGCGCCAUUCUUACCGAUUGAGUUAG